AUGGGCCGUACAAACACUCACAAACCUACCACUGCUGCGCCCGGCCUGGCCGGUGACGCCCCUCCCCCUGCCCUGAAGCCCCACCGCGCCCCUAAGACCUCGGUCAGCCGCGCCGCGCCUCUUCCGAGCCGCCCGCCGCCUCCCAAGGAGAAGAAGGCGAAGAAAGACAAGAAGGAGAAGAAGCCUGCCAAGCGCGCCCGGGACUCCGACGACGACGACGACGAAGAAGAAGAGAAGAAGCCGGCGAAGAAGGCGAAGAAGCCAGUGCGCGCCCCGACUCCGGAGACAGAGAGGGAUAGCGAGUUGGAGCUUCUUGUUUCAUUUUUAAUCACCGACAGGCGGAGAAGCGCUGUUAAACACACUGUGCUCAAUGUCUGAAUCUCUCCAUAGUGCCCCGCGACGAAACAAUUGGAGGUUGGGAAAAUAAACUGAAAUAUUUACCCUUAAAAAUAAAAGUUGGUCAAUGCACUGUGUUAUGUCGCCGCCAC